AUGCCGUUCAACCUCAAGAAACUCUGUGUCGACCGGAACAACUUGGGCCUAACUAGGGUGCCCUUCUACAAGACGCUACAGACAUGGAAGCUCACCGACGCCCUCUACGUGCUGCUCAUCUUCCCUCUGGACUGGUACUAUUUCGAAAAGAUCGAGCCAUACCAGCGGCAGUUUGCCGUCAACGACAUUACGCUCCAGCACCCCUUUGCGGAGCACGAGCGGGUUCCGGGCGACGUGCUCAUCCGGUGGAUCAUGGUGAUCCCGGCGACGGUAAUGCUUGUGCUGUCGAUGGUGCUCACCCCGAGACCAUUCAAGCUCUACGUGGCGUACGUGUCCGUGCUCGGUGUGUUCAUAUCCAUGGGGACGUGCAUAUUUGUGACGGACGUGUUCAAGAACUGGAUCGGCCGCUGUCGGCCGGACUUCCUUGCCCGGUGCAUUCCGCACGAGUCGGCGCUUCCGGACGUGCUCUACUUCGCCAAGGACAUCUGCACGACGACGGAUAAGGGCAAGCUCCUGGACGGCUUCAGGACAAGUCCGUCCGGCCACUCGUCGAUGUCCUGGACGGCGUUCGGGUACCUUUCGCUGUGGCUCAACGGCCAGCUGAACUGCAGCCACAUCCACCGGGGCGCAUGGCGGUCCAUCAUUGCGUUCCUGCCCUGCUUGUUGGCGUUCUACGUGGCCUUGAGCCGGACGCAGGACUACCGCCACCACUUUAUCGACAUCAUUCUCGGCUCGCUGCUCGGCGCCUUCAUAGCCUGGUGGAGCUACCGCAGAUACUUUCCCGAGCUCAAGACCAGGGCCUGCUACAUUCCGUACGUGCUCUUGGAGCGCAUCGAGCCGGCAGAGUCACUCAGUGACAUUGGCGACGAGCUGCUCGUCGGCCACGACUACUACAAGGACAUCCAGCUGGCCAUGGGCACCUACGUUCCGACCGGCACAGACCCCAUCGAGAACGACCUCGAGAGCAACAACCACUCGUCUUUCAGUCCUUUCUAG